GGCAGUGAAUUUGUGUAAUUAAAGCAGAACGUAUACAUUAAGUGGUAUUGUCAUGAUAGUUCUUAACUUCUAAAGCCUCGUACUUUAACACUUGAUAACUCAAUUCACGAGGAUUCACUUACCACCGUGUUUUCUUUUUUCCAAAUUCUUUCAUUUUUGAGUGAAAAUACGUCGAAUUAUGGCGGAAAAAGGUGCUCAUUUGACUGGGACUGCAUAUAUCAGGCCUUCUAUCUUUGAGAUUAUUGCACAGGAAUCGCUUGCAUCGACUCUUGAACCGGCUUUUAAAAAAAUUCUUUCGUUUCUUGUAUCUUUCAAUCUUGAGAAAUAUGGACAUAUUCUCCAAUGGACAGAUGAAGGGUAUUUAAUUUUUAACGUACUUCUUCAACGAUAUUACCUAAAGAGAUAUUUUGCAUCAUUUUCUGAAACAUUUUAUGGUUUGAAACGUGUCACAAUAAUUAAUUCCAAGACAGGGUUACAAGAAAAAUUAUCACAUAAGCAACAAAUAUUAUCAUUAAUAAUAAUAGUGACAUUUCCAUAUUUAAAGAAUAAACUUGUGCAACUUAGUUCAAAGUAUAAACUGCAAAACAUAAACAAUACAUCAAGAAAGGCGAAGAGGCAAAAAUUUUUUAGUAAAUAUGUCAUUAAAGGACUUUCAAUUCUUUUUGUAACAUAUGAAACUCUUGUGUUAUAUAAUUAUAUACUUUACGUAUCUGAGAAAUCCAUAUAUCCAUCACUCUUGUUAAGACUACUAUCUGUUACACUGACAUACGCCGAUCCGCAAUCUGCUCUCACUGUCACCGAGUUAUUAAGGAAGAUAAAAUAUAAUUCAUUCACUGUCUUUGAUGGAUGGAAUAUACUUCAAAGAAUCAUUACUGGAUCUCUUGAACUCGGAGCUUUCUUCUUACAAUUUCUUUCUUGGUGGAAUCAGGAAAAUUAUGACAUGGAUAUUAUGAGUCUUCCAGCUCCACCACCACCAAAAGUGCCAAAUGUAGCGCAGCAAUAUAAAGGAAUUUGUCCACUCUGUCAUAAACCUCAUCAUAUACAUACCGUGCUUAUGGUAUCUGGUUAUAUAUUUUGCUAUCAAUGUAUUUUAUCAGAAAUACGGAUAAAAAAGAAAUGUCCAGUAACACAUUAUCCUGCCAAAGAAGAUGAUCUAAUUCGUCUAUAUAUAGAAUAA